AUGACUUCUCAAGGAGGAUUAGGAACGACUUCCGUUCAAGUUGCGCUUCGAAUUAAGCCACUUACGGCUGAAGAUAUAGAGAAAUUACCAAGUCGAUUUCAACGUCAGGUCAUAACAACUUCAUAUACUCCCGGUCAGGUUAUAGUCGAAAACGAAAAAAGACCAAUUUUUCAGUAUGAUUAUGUGUUUGGACCCGAGGCAUCGCAGGAAGAUGUUUAUAAUAAAUCAGUAACGAAUUUACUCGGGAAAUUUCUCGAAGCAUACGGUCAAACUUCUUCUGGAAAGACGUACACAAUGGGAACAUCAGAUGAAGCGUCCGUUCCAAAUAAAUCGCAAGGAAUUGUUCCUCGUACAAUGUCAGCAUUAUUUGAAAAAAUUAAAUCCGAACAAUACAAAACAUCGAAAUUUACUAUUAAGGUUUCAUUUAUUGAAAUACAUAAUGAAGAUUUAAUUGAUCUUCUUGGACAAGGUGAAGAAGAAGAAAGACCACCAGUUACAAUUCGUGAAGAUUCUAAAGGCAAUAUUUAUUGGACCGGUUUGCAGGAAGUUAAAGUAAAUAGUGUGGAGGAUGUUAUUAAACAAGUUGGAUUUACGGAUAUGAAUGCAAAAUCCUCCAGAUCGCAUGCAAUUUUCUCUGUUACAAUGAUACAUAAAAAAUUUGUACCAUAUGGACCCAUGGGUGGACCACCUGCCACACCUCCACCCGAUUCAACAAACCUAGAUCUUCGUAGUCCUUCGCCAAAAGUUAGUUCAAAUUAUGGCGGAUAUGAUGAGGGCGAAUGGGAAACAAUAACUAGCAAAUUUCAUUUCGUUGAUUUAGCUGGAAGCGAAAGGUUAAAACGCACUUCCGCGAGUGGAGAUCGAGCAAAAGAAGGAAUAUCUAUAAAUUCUGGAUUACUUGCGUUGGGAAAUGUAAUUUCGGCCCUUGGUGAUCCAAAUAAAGCGAGACAUAUGACUCACAUUCCUUAUAGAGAUUCAAAACUUACACGUCUAUUACAAGAUUCUCUUGGAGGUAAUGCGCAGACUUUAAUGAUCGCUUGUGUAUCACCAGCCGAAUAUAAUAUUCAUGAAACAAUAAGUACACUUAAUAAUGGAACUAUCAGUCCGGGUAGAAUUACACCCACCACACCUACCACACCUAAUAGUAUUCAUACUAAUGGAAUUAGACUUCCAAGUAGUAGAAGCAAUUCAGUAACAUCACUUCCAGGUAUUCCAGGUAGAAGUACACCUACUUCUAAUAAUAAUAAUUCUAAAAUUUCUGGAAGGUGUACACCAACAUCUGGAAUUCCGGGAAGAAGUACACCAACAUCAGGUAUUCCUGGUAGGAAUACACCAACUGCAAUAAAUACAGGAACGCCAGGGCGUAGUAUGUACAAUAAUAUUGUUAAUGGUAGGGAACCAGUCAAUCGAAUGAGACCAGGGUCACCUUUGACCACAUUUCCUCAUAGUAAUAAUUUACAAACUCAUAAAGAGAAAGAUAAAGAAGUUGAAGCAUUGGAAGAACAAUUAAUGUUACUUCAACGAUCAUAUGCAGAAUUAUCACAGAAACAUGCAAAGACAUCAGCUGAAUUAGCUUUGCAUCAAGAUAAUCAAGAUAACCAAGAUAACUAUGAUGAAAUGGAGAAUAAUCGAAAUGAACCGCAAGGUAAACAAUAUGACGUUAUUAUUUCAACACUUGAAAGUGAACAUGCAAUGACCAAGGCAGCAUUAAAUCUUACGGAAACAAUAUUGCAAGAGAAAGAUGAACAAAUAAAUGAAUUAGAACAAGUUAAUGAACAAAGUAAAAGCAAAAUCGCAGAUCUUCAAAAACAAAUCAAAGAAUUUGAAGCAAAUCUUCAGAAACUUGAAGUAGAAAAUUCGAUUAAAAUACAACAACGAGCAGAUAAUCGACGAGAAAGUUUUAUAAGUGAAACGGUGCAAUUAUUGGAAGAACGUAUAAUCAGUAAAGAUGAAUAUAUCGGUCAAUUAGAGAAAGAAUUAAAAGAAUAUAAAACGGCGAUAAAGGAUCGAAUAACGAAUACGAAUGAAGUAGAAAGCAAAGAACAAUUAAAGGAAGAAUUGGGAGAUCGAAAUCUAAGGAUUGCACAACUUGAAUCGAAAGUUAACCUUUUGGUAGAUGAAGUUAAUAAAUUGCAAGAAAUGCAAUUUCAAGAAGAGAAUCAAGCGGGAUCAUCAAAUUCCGAAGAAAUAAUUCAAAAACUUCGGGAAGAAAUUUUAUCAUUAAGACAAACGCAUAUGGAAACGCUGAAGGAAUUAAAUGGGACAAAGGAAAAAUAUGAAAAUGAAAAUGAAAAUUUAAAAAUUUCUCUUGAAAAUGCGUAUUCUCAAUUAAGAGUUGCAACAGCAGAAAAUCCGCCAUUACAAGCAUUUGAUGCAGAACAAUCAUCACUUCUUACAAUGGAAGCUAGAAUUUCAGAAUUACGAAAAGAACAUAGACAAACAGUUACUGAAAUUAAAGAAUCCAAGUUUAAAUUUCAGGUUAGUUAA